AGGGUCACAGGAGGGAGGAAGAUAGAUAUCCUAUUAAGUUUUAAUUAUUGGCCUGGCAAUGUGCUACUUUCACUUAAAUCUCCCAGCAACUCUAGGAGAGAAGUAUUAUUUAAUCCCCAUUUUUGGGCUUGGGAAAAUUGGUCAUUUAACCUAUGAAUGGUGGAGGCCAGAAUUCAAACCCAUAUCUACCUGAAACUCCAAAGCCUCAUAAUCGUAACUGCUAGCUAAAAGCACUAGAUGCAGAAAUGUGUUUGAAUGUGCUCUAGCAUCCUCUGUUUUUAUUAACUGUUGUAGUUAUGAGAUGGCUUUUAUCAACAUAGAUAACUCUGAACCAAAUAUUGUAUACUGUGGAAAUAAUACCCUUACUGGCCUGCCUCUUCUUCCAUGUACCUUUAUUGCCUGUUUAAUAAUAACAUCAUCUUUUACAACCUGCACUCUGACCAUAUUUAUUCAACUCUUUUAACUUUGUUGAAUACUUAAUCAGAUGUGCUGAUUGAAUAUGUCUAUAUCAGACAGUGACUGUGAGACAACCCUCUGGGAUCCGAAGGCACGAGGGAAGGUGUGUGGUUCUAUCAGUUGUAGUGUUAUAUCAGUGUGUUGCCUGGUUCUUCCUGCCUUUCAAAGCAAAUAUUUUUAAGUAUAGCUGAAAUAAAAAGUGAUAAUGUUUGGAUUUCUUUUCUGUACUGCUUUUAAAUGGACUGUGUUAGGGUUCUUGCAAGCACUGCCAGUAUGUCUGACAUUCAAGAAGCUGCUAACCAAUUCCUGGAUGUGAAUCUUCAUGAGGACGAGAGUUCUAUACAAGUGACAGACAGUGGCCUCAGAAGUGAGUCUGAGCAACUCCAAGUCAUUAUUGGAGCCACUGUACCUACUGGCUUUGAGCAAACAGCUGCAGAUGAAGUGCAAGAGAAAUUGGGGUCAUCAUGCAAAAUCAGCAAAGACCGGGGCAAGAUAUAUUUUGACGUUUCAGUGGAAAGGCUGGCUCAGGUUCAUUGUCUGAGAUCAGUUGAUAACUUAUUUGUAGUUGUUCAGGAGUUUAAAGAUUACCAGUUCCAAAAAACAAAGGAAGAAGUUCUACAGGGUUUUGAAGACUUGGCUGGAAAACUCCCAUGGUCAGACCCUUUAAAAGUAUGGAAAAUUAACACCAGUUUUAAGAAAAAAAAAACAAAGCGCAAAAAGAUAAAUCAAAAUUCAAGUAAAGAGAAGAUUGAUGAUGGACAAGGAGACAAAACAGAUGAGAGAGAUAUUAAAAAAGAGUUCACUAACAAUGCUUUAGAUUCACAAAUCUUAGACUACUAUGAAAAUCCAGCCAUCAAAGAGGAGAUAUCAAUGUUAGUAAGUGAUGAUUUGGCAUCUUGCAGAGGUGACACUGAUGAAAUCUCAAAAGAAGAAACUGAGCCCCAAGUGCUGAAGUUUAGAGUCACAUGCAACAGGGCAGGAGAGAAACAUUGCUUCACCUCAAAUGAGGCCGCAAGAAAUUUUGGGGGUGCUGUUCAAGAUUAUUUUAAGUGGAAGGCUGACAUGACCAACUUUGAUGUUGAGGUUCUUUUGAAUAUCCAUGAUAAUGAAGUCAUCGUGGGCAUUGCAUUGACUGAAGAGAGUCUUCAUCGAAGAAAUAUUACACAUUUUGGACCUACAACUCUUAGAUCAACUCUUGCCUAUGGGAUGCUCAGGCUCUGUGCUCCUCAACCUACUGAUAUAAUAAUCGAUCCAAUGUGUGGAACAGGGGCAAUACCAAUAGAGGGAGCUACUGAAUGGUCUAACUGUUAUCAUAUUGCUGGUGAUAAUAAUCCACUGGCUGUGAAUAGAGCAGCAAAUAACAUCUCAUCCUUAUUGACCAAGAACCAAAUUAAAGAAGGCAAACCAUCCUGGGGCUUGCCCAUAGAUGCUAUUCAGUGGGAUAUCUGCAAUCUGCCAUUGAGAACAGGCUCUGUGGAUAUUAUCGUAACGGAUAUGCCAUUUGGAAAAAGGAUGGGCUCUAAGAAGAGAAACUGGAACCUUUAUCCAGCUUGCCUGCGGGAGAUGAGCCGUGUCUGUAGACCCAGGACAGGCCGAGCUGUACUACUCACUCAGGACAAGAAAUGCUUUACCAAGGCAUUAUCUGGAAUGGGACACGUGUGGCGCAAGGUGCAUACAGUCUGGAUAAACAUCGGGGGUCUUCAUGCUGCAGUUUAUCUUCUGAAACGUACACCCCAAGCUUUUGUUCAUCCUUCACAAGAUGGAGAAACUCCUUGGUAAUGCAAAGAAUGA